AUGCCCAUGAGAGGAACUCCAUCUGCCAACGGCACUGGAGGGGCUGGGACCGGAACAGGGAAGAAAAACUCAGCAGGUACUGCAGGUACUGGAACUGGAACCGGGUCCAAACCCUCACUGUCGACAGUGGAGCGAGUGAGAAAGGAUGUCCCCCCUAUCGCCACCAGACGACUGACUGAUGCUGAUGUCUUUCAGGGCAAUAAGAUCAACCCUCAAGCUGUCAAGGAGCAUUUCCUGCAAGAGGGAAGACUCAAGGAGGAGACAGCACUGCGCAUCAUCCGGGAGGCUUCUGUUAUUCUGAAGAAGGAGGGCACAGUGCUUGAUCUCCAGGCACCCCUCACCAUCUGUGGGGACAUCCACGGACAGUUCUUCGACCUAGUGCAUCUAUUCGAUGUGGGGGGACAACUGCCCGAUACCAGAUACCUAUUCUUAGGAGACUAUGUGGACCGAGGCAUGUUCAGUGUGGAAGUAGUGUUGUUUCUGUUCUCCCUCAAGAUCCUCCACCCCAGACAACUGCACCUGCUAAGGGGCAACCACGAGUGCAGACACUUGACUGCCUUCUUCACUUUCAAAGAGGAGUGCAGAGUCAAGUACUCCCAGAACUUUUACGUUGAGGUUAUGAAGGCGUUCGACUGUCUGCCCUUGGCCUGUUUGAUGAACCAGAAGUUUCUAUGUGUUCAUGGAGGACUCUCUCCUAAUAUACACACUGUAGACGAAAUCAGACGCAUCGACAGGGUCCGGGAGCCCCCCAAAAGUGGUCCGAUGUGUGACCUCCUUUGGGCCGACCCUCGGACUGAUUUCGGUGAAGAAGACAACGACGAAUUCUUCUGCCACAACACAGCUAGAGGAUGUAGCUUUUACUUCUCUUAUGCGGCUGCAUGUAGCUUCAUUGAGGCCAACGGACUGUUGUCGGUUAUCAGAGCUCACGAGGCUCAGGAUUUGGGAUAUAAGAUGUACAAAAAGGUACCAUCGACUAACUUCCCAGCCGUGUUUACACUGUUCUCGGCUCCCAACUACUUAGACGUGUACAACAACAAGGGCGCAAUUCUCAAGUACGACAACACCACUAUAAACGUGAAAACGUACAAGUUCACGCCCCAUCCUUACUGGUUGCCCAACUUCAUGGACGCAUUCACGUGGUCGCUUCCUUUCGUAGGAGAGAAGGUCACUGAUAUGCUGUACAUCAUCACGUCCAUCUGCACGCAGCAGGAGUUGGCGGAAGUGGACACGGACGAAGAGACGGCGAAGCGGAAGAAGAAAGAGGAGACUCUGAAUAAGUUCAGGGCUAUUGGGAAGAUGAGCAGAUUUUAUAAGACACUCUCGGAGGAGAAAACUGCUGUGGUCAAACUCAAGGGUCUGUGUUCGAAUGGUAAGUUACCGAUGGGUGCUCUGAGUCAGGGCAAUGAGGCCAUCCGAGACGCCAUUUGCAGUGAGAACCCAGUCACCUUCUUCGAGGCCAAGGAGGCCGACGCCGAGAACGAAAAGAUGCCCGAGGUUAAGGAAAUUACCCCGCAGCAGCGUCGAGCCAGUAUCACCACCCGAGACGCCUACAUUAGUGAGAUGGCGAACAAGAAGUCGGGAGCGAGGGGGAGUCUUCCCCCUGACGUCAGCCCCAAGAUAAAGACAACAGAAGACAUCAACCCCGGAGUUGUCAGGGACUAA